AUGUCACCUUCCAAAGUUUAUGUUAAUAGUGAAGCUUCAUUAAUUGAAAAACUUAAUUUACAUGAAGAAGUUAUUCUUCGUCAUAAUGCUUCAAUUCCAACUUUAUAUGAAGAUGCUUUAUUAGAAAAGAAAACUGCAAUUUCUUCAUCAGGUGCUCUUUUAGCUUAUUCAGGUAAAAAAACUGGUAGAUCUCCAAAAGAUAAAAGAAUUGUUGAUGAACCAAGUUCAAAUGAUAAAAUCUGGUGGGGUCCAGUUAAUAAAAAAGUUUCUGAACAAACUUGGAAAAUUUCAAGAGAAAGAGCUUCUGAUUAUUUAAGAACUAGAGAAAAAGUUUAUGUUGUUGAUGCUUAUGCUGGUUGGGAUCCUAGAUACAGAUUAAAAAUCCGUGUUGUUUGUGCUAGAGCUUAUCAUGCUUUAUUUAUGAGAAAUAUGUUAAUUAGACCAACUGAAGAAGAAUUAAAAAACUUUGGUGAACCUGAUUUUACUAUUUGGAAUGCUGGUCAAUUCCCUGCAAAUAUUUACACUCAAGGUAUGACUUCACCAACUUCAGUUGAAAUCAAUUUCAAAGAAAUGGAAAUGGUUAUUUUAGGUACUGAAUAUGCAGGUGAAAUGAAGAAAGGUAUUUUCACUGUUAUGUUUUAUUUGAUGCCAGUUAACCACAAUGUUUUAACUUUACAUUCUUCUGCUAACCAAGGUAUUGAACAACAAGAUGUUACUUUAUUCUUUGGUCUUUCAGGUACUGGUAAAACCACAUUAUCUGCUGAUCCAAACCGUUUAUUAAUUGGUGAUGAUGAACAUUGUUGGUCAGAUCAAGGUGUUUUCAACAUUGAAGGUGGUUGUUAUGCAAAAUGUUUAGGUUUAUCUGGUGAAAAAGAACCAGAAAUCUUCAAUGCAAUUAAAUUUGGCUCUGUUUUAGAAAAUGUUGUUUAUGAUCAAGAAACUAGAGUUGUUGACUAUGAUGACCAUUCAAUCACUGAAAACACUAGAUGUGCUUAUCCAAUUGAUUAUAUUCCAAGUGCUAAGAUUCCAUGUUUUGCUAAUACCCAUCCAAGAAAUAUCAUCUUAUUAACUUGUGAUGCUUCAGGUGUUUUACCUCCAGUUUCUAAAUUAACAAAUGCUCAAGUUAUGUAUCAUUUCAUUUCUGGUUAUACUUCUAAAAUGGCUGGUACUGAAGAAGGUGUUACAGAACCAGAAGCUACAUUUUCAGCAUGUUUUGGUCAACCAUUCUUAGCUUUACAUCCAAUGAAAUAUGCUCAAAUGUUAUCUGAUAAAAUUAGUGAACAUAAUGCAUCAGCUUAUUUAUUAAAUACUGGUUGGACUGGUUCUUCAGUUUCUAAAGGUGGUAAACGUUGUCCAUUGAAAUACACCAGAGCUAUCUUAGAUUCUAUUCACGAUGGUUCAUUAGCAAAAGCUGAAUAUGAAACAUUACCAACUUUUGGAUUACAAAUUCCAACUUCAGUUCCAGGUGUUCCAAAAGAAUUAUUGAAUCCUUCAAAAGCUUGGGUUGAAGGUACAAGUAAAUAUAAUGGUGAAGUUACAAAAUUAGCUGGCUUAUUUGAAGAAAAUUUCAAAAAAUAUUCUUCUGAAGCUACUAAAGAAGUUAUUGCUGCUGGUCCAUCAGUCUAA